GGGCGGGCGGCCGGGCUGGUUCGGGCCGCGCCGCCCCGCGCAUCCACAGCCGCGCUGAGACGAGGGGAGAGAGGGGGCGAGAUGGCGUCGUGCGUGGGGAGCCGGACCCUGAGCAAGGACGACGUAAACUACCGCCUGCACUUCCGCAUGAUCAACGAGCAGCAGGUGGAGGACAUCACGCUGGAGUUCUUCUACCGCCCGCACACCAUCACCCUCCUCAGCUUCACCAUCCUCAGCCUCAUGGCCUUCGCCUUCACCAGGGAUGAUUCUGUACCAGAGGAUAAUAUUUGGAGGGGUAUCCUCUCUGUGAUUUUCUUCUUUCUAAUCAUCAGUGUUCUAGCUUUUCCUAAUGGACCCUUUACACGUCCUCACCCUGCUCUAUGGAGGAUGGUUUUUGGUCUCAGUGUGCUCUAUUUUCUGUUCCUGGUGUUCGUGCUCUUCCUCAACUUUGAGCAGGUAAAAGCAGUGAUGUACUGGCUGGACCCUAAUCUUCGAUAUGCCACAAGGGAAGCAGAUAUUAUGGAGUAUGCAGUGAACUGUCAUGUUAUCACCUGGGAGAGAAUCCUCAGCCACUUUGACAUAUUUGCUUUUGGACAUUUCUGGGGCUGGGCUAUGAAGGCUUUGCUGAUCCGCAGCUACGGGCUCUGCUGGACUAUCAGCAUCACCUGGGAGCUCACUGAGCUCUUCUUCAUGCACCUUCUGCCUAAUUUUGCUGAAUGCUGGUGGGAUCAAGUCAUUUUGGACAUCCUGCUUUGUAACGGGGGUGGCAUCUGGUUGGGCAUGGUAGUUUGUCGUUUCUUGGAGAUGAGGACCUAUCACUGGGCAAGCUUCAAGGACAUUCACACAACCACAGGGAAGAUCAAAAGAGCUGUGUUACAGUUCACCCCAGCCAGCUGGACCUACGUCCGCUGGUUUGACCCAAAGUCUUCAUUUCAGAGAGUGGCUGGAGUCUACCUUUUCAUGAUUAUUUGGCAGCUAACUGAGUUGAACACAUUCUUUUUGAAACAUAUCUUUGUGUUCCAAGCAAGCCACCCUUUAAGCUGGGGGAGAAUUCUCUUCAUAGGAAUCAUUACAGCACCCACUGUAAGGCAAUACUAUGCUUACCUCACAGACACACAGUGCAAGAGGGUGGGAACUCAGUGCUGGGUGUUUGGGGUAAUUGCCUUCCUUGAAGCUAUUGUGUGCAUCAAGUUUGGACAAGAUCUUUUUUCCAAAACACAAAUACUGUAUGUUGUGUUUUGGCUUCUCUGUGUGGCCUUUACAACUUUCCUGUGUUUAUAUGGAAUGGUUUGGUAUGCAGAGUACUACGGCCACCGAGAAAAGACCUUAUCAGAAAGUGAAGACAGUCCAUACAGUCCAGAUGCUUCCUGGCUUCAUUCUAAAUUCAGCAGAGCAGGUGCUGACAAUAGUCCACCAAAACACUCAGUCAAUAGUGAAAGCCAUUCAUCUAGAAGGAGGAAUCGACACUCCAAAUCAAAAGUAUCAAAUGGAAUUGGCAAGAAAUAAGAGUGGUAUCUAAAGAUAUCCUACAGUGUGACCAGAAGUGACAAAGAAGAUCUGACCUGGCUCUGAAUUAUCAAAUGGAAGAUUGAUUUUUAAAUUAAAGUUUAAAAAAGGAGGUGUUGAAGAGAAGGAUGAUGAAGAUGGAGCCACCAGUGUAGUGCAGAUUGUUGCCUGAUGACACUUGCCAUUCACUGAUAUAAAUUGUUGCCUGAUGACACUUGCCAUUCACUGAUAUAUAUCUAGUUUCAUCAGUAGGUGGCAUCAAAAGUUCAUGAGGGGUAUACUGGAAAAAAAUGUUGUUUUAUCAUAGCAGGUACUCCCUGCUUUGUUUUCAGGUGUUGCAAGGCCAUUUUUAAUAGAUUAGUUGAGGACUUCAACCCAAAGGUUAGUAAACUGAUAGUGAGUUGGUGUAGUUGACUGAAUUUUUUUUGGUCUGGUUUAUUGUGUUGUUUUCUAGAAGAGUAUGCAACCCUUUGACUAAAAGCAGCUCUGCCCUUCCUUCUCAGUCUCACAACAAAACUUUCCCAUGCAACUGUUAGUAAGUAUUUAAAAAUUUCAUAUUGCUUGCUUUUAUUUAAAGGCUCUUUAGGCCUUAUGUCAGGGUUUAACCAAGAAGGAAAUGGGUCCAGGUUUCUUGUAAAGGAUGUGAAAUUGAUUUUCAAACACAGGGAUUUUUUUGUUCUACAUUGUCCUGCUUGAGUCACACACAUUCAAUUUUUAAAAGUUUUUAAAAUACAUAUAUAAAAAUCUGCUUCAUAGUAGAGGGCCAUGCCUCCUGUCCUCAGUGACAAAGGUCAUGUUAUUUCAUUGUUUUUCCUCCUCUACUGUAGUGUGUUUUGCAUUUUCAAGUGUAAAUAUGUCUUUUUUUCAUCUGUGCCACAUUGUGUGCAAUCUUUCUUCCUACUUCUAUUUGCUUCCAUCCUAGCUGACCCAGAAAUCCUAUUGUCUUCAGACUGAUAUCAGAAACUGCUUUGAAGGCUCAGAUGCCCUACUGAGCUUGGUGAUAAGGCAGUUUUUUGCUGAAGCUGAGUUGCUUACUAUCUCCAUAAACACAAUUAUUUGUGGAGACUUGCGGUAGUGUUUGGUGUCUGAGAGGCAGCAUGAUGUGAUAGAGCUCAUUGCCUUGGUGUUUCCUGUCAUGCAUCAGAUACUCAAAAGCAAAGUCUCUCUUUUCUUUCUUGCAAUUUGUUUUUUUUUUGAGAGGGGUGAUUUACUUUUUGUCUGAGUGUUCUUUUGGUUUUUUUUAAUAUAUUAAUUGUGACAUCUAGCAAAGUGGAUAAUUCUCCAGCAGUGAAUGUAAUGAUUAAGUCAAGAGGUAAGCAAUCAUGAGCAAUCAGUUUCUGUAUUAAGUUAUCAAAAUGUUUUAGUGCCAAUUAAAUUUUGGGAUUCAAGGCAUUCAGAGGGGUGGGUAGGUAGCUUAAGCAAGGAUAAGUGAUACCCAUUAGUUACUUAGUCUUUAUGAGAAAAUAGGAUUUGCUUUUUCUUUGACUAAUGUUACUGUGAUUUGCCACAGGCUAGGUACUAAAGAAAAAAUACAGCAGAGACUUUUAUGCAAGUGUAUGAUACUGUAAAUAGAAGAAAGUAUCCUGUGUAAUCCAUCAGUUCCUAUGUGCCACAGAUUAUCAAUGUUUUCAAUGCACUUAAGUGUUGCUGCUGAGCUCUUCAGAGGCCUUUAAUUUCCUACCCUGCUUUUCAAUCAAACAUGGAGUGUACAGCUUGGAAAGUAAUGUAGUAGGAGCUGCUGUAUCAUCAUUGCCACAGUGACAUUUAAUGUUACAUGAAAAAAUACGUUAGGGAGACUUUCAGGCUCUCCUACAACUACUUGGUUUUUAUUCAUACUAUAGCAAUUCCAUAUAUUGCCUUUGUAUUUGUAAUGUACUACAUAUUGAUGAAUGUAUUUGUAGAUUUCUUUGGAUACUGAGACAUGUUAUUUCUUUUAUUUCCUUGGUUAAAAACUCAGUCUGUGUAAGACUGAAGAAUGGCAUUGUAAAUUUUCUAUUGAUUCAAUACCAAAGCAAGAGAUUUGAAAUCUAAUGGUUUGGGUAUUUUAAGUACUGUGGUUUUCCAGUGUGAGAGCCUAUUUUGUACUUGCAAGGGGCAUACACACCAACUAUGUAUACAAAGCUUACAUGUGUAAACAGAUGCUGAAGUAUGUCAUCUACCUGCCUUGGGGACAAGCACAUGUUUUGUACAUGUAGGCCUGGUGCUCACAUUGCUGAACUGCACCCUAAAAAUACUGGAAAGAGAAAUAUUGAAGUGUCAUCUUGAUGGAAGCUGACUUCUGUACACUAUUACAACAGCUUUGUUCUGAAAAAAUGUUGUUUGACAACACAUUUAAAUUAUUUCCAAUUAAGUCUUUUUACUUUAAA